AUGUCGUAUGUUCCUCCACACUUGAGAAACGCCGGCUCAACCGCGGUGGCUACCACCACCAUAGCCACCGCCAGACCUUCAUCAUCAUCUGGAACCCUAGACAGUCACCACCACCACCACAACACCAACCUCACAUUCUUUUCCUCAUACUCUCACUCCAACUCUAAUUCUCUAUCCAAUGGCUUUCGCCGUACCUCCGCCGCACCUCCGCCAUCUCGGAUUAUCACCGUCCCUGACACUGUCUUCCCUAACUGGCAACCUUCUGAACGCGUUUCCCACAUGAACCCCGACCAGAUUGAAGAGGUCCGCCUACGGCUUAAUCUUGAUGUUACUGUUUCAUCUGACUCUCCUGCCGCACCUGGACCUAUAGAAUCAUUUAAUGAUAUGUGUUUGCAUCCAAGUAUCAUGAAGGAUAUUGCUUAUCAUGAAUACACCAGGCCAACCUCUAUCCAGGCACAGGCCAUGACUAUUGCUCUCAGUGGAAGGGAUCUUUUGGGUUAUGCUGAAACUGGUAGUGGGAAGACCGCAGCUUUCACCAUUCCUAUGAUACAGCAUUGCUUGGUUUUGACAACAUGGUUUUGA